AAUUUGCCGGGACUAAGUAUAGAAUAGAAUGGACUUGGAGCUCUGACCAUAUUUUUAAUUAUUAAAAUAAUUCGAGUAAUUAUUCGAAUAUAUGUGAUUAUUUCACUCGAAGAACUUGAAUCGAAUUUCUUAUCAUGUUGCGAUAUGAUAAUUUGCAAGAGAAAAGCGAAUACUGAAUAAUAUACGAAAGGUAGAUAUUUUACAAUCACCGACUCGAUCAUGAAAUCACUCAACGAUCGAAAGGUUCAGAUGAAUUAUUCGCUGUUUGUAUUCGGCUGCGCUUUCGGAACAAAAUUCACAUCGUAAAUUCAUGUUCGAAUGAAUCUCAUCGCAUGUUUUAGUACAGAUUCUUUACCAUAAUGUUUCUCAACGUCGACUUGUUCCGUCAUAUCGAUGCCAACAUUGCAGAUAGAUGUAAACUCGAUGAAUUACAUUUACGGAACGCUGGAAAUGGAUUGUGGGUUUGUGUACUAGUCCCUUUGGCUUUGCUCUCCGGUAUUGGUCAUUUCGCCGAAUGGUCAGAGCUAUACACGACGGUUUCGUUGAUUAGUAUUGGUCUACUCGUCAGCUCCUGCUGUAGUAUUCUACACAGAGAUUCGCGGUCGUCUGAUUCUGGUAACGUGCCUUUUAUUCAGAUCGGAUACAUUUUAUCGUCAACGGUGGUAUCUUUAUUGUUGAUAUUCGUCAUCAAUCGAGGUGUAAUUUAUAGUUUAUCAAUAGCCCUUGCGACGUCUUUCGCAUACCAUCCGAUACAUCAAACGUUGAUAAAAUGUUGCCCGAAUAGCUUCACUUGGGGAGAAGCUUCGUUGAUAGCUCAAUCAUUGAUACUCUAUUUGAGCUCGUUCGUCGUCAAGAUAUUUUUAUCGCUUCAACGUACGACUUCUAAAUCAUGCGGAGAUUCAGCAACCGUCGUAGUGCAAAGUGGCUUCUUCGCUGUAUUAAUAACGCUCCUAUUGGCCUAUUAUUUUCGGAACUGCAUGAGCAACGUUUUUAUAUUCUUGGCUGCGUUGAUUACGUCCGCUGUCAUAUUCGUAGUUGCGCUUCCUCGUGUGAUAUUCAAUAUUAAUUCCAUACUUUGGCUGUUCAAUUUGAUAUCGGAUCGAAAUUCGAUGAUAUUAAUUUCGCUUUGGUUGCUCUGUUCGAUUAUCGCUGUGUUGUGCUUAUUGUGGCAAAUUCGUUCUUCAACACCAGUCACCACCGUAACAAGAAAGAGCUUCCAUUUAUUAAUAUUCCUCGUAAUCGUACCGGGUACCGUUUGGUCACCUUGCCUACUUUAUACCGCCAGCAAUGUCGGAUUCGCUUUAAUGAUCAUUAUCGAAAUGUGUCGCAAAUUGAAUUUCUCCAGAUACGGCGAGUGGCUGCAAGAGUGCUUCGACACGUUCAAAGAUGAAAAAGACGAAGGAGAAUUGGCCCUUACACCGUUGUACUUGAUGAUCGGAUGCUCGGCUCCGAUCUGGAUAUAUCCGUUAUCGUAUUCGGUUCCGGUACCGCUACCAGUGCUGGCUGGUAUCUUUCCGGUGGCUGUAGGAGAUGCUGCUGCUAGUGUUGGUGGUACCCUGCUCGGUAAACAUAAGUGGAAAGGUAGCAAUAAAACCAUCGAAGGUUCGGUGUUCUGUUUCGUGUCUCAAUUGAUCGUAUUUGGUACAUUCGCCUUGUUUGGUAUCAUCGAAAUGUCGUACGUGUCAUGGGCCAGCGUAGUGUUCAUUAUAACGUCUGUGAUCGAAGCAAAGACUGAUCAAAUCGACAACGUAGUUUUACCUUUUAUAACUUACAUUUUAUUUAUGAUCGUUACAUAGUGUCCUACCUACUUUCUUUGUUUGUUAAUUUUUGAACCAAUGAAAAAAAAGAAAUUGUGUUUUUUUUUC